AUGUAUCCAAAAGCAAAAGCAACUAGAGUCUGUUCAGAUGCGGCAAGAAUUAAUGAUUUGCCUGACGAUUUACUGGCGACAGUUUUAUCAUUUGUUCCGACAAAAGAUGCGGUGGCAACAAGUAUUUUGUCGAAACGAUGGCGUCCUAUUUGGAAACGAGCUGUGAAUCUUGAGAGCGAUUGUGUAGAGCUAUGUGCUAUAUGCGCUCUCGAUUGCUUUUCUUUUAUACUAAUGCGUAGCUCUAAACUGCGAGUUCUCAGGUUCAAACAAAAAAGAUGCUGCUGCAACCUUUUAAGAGAAAAGUGGAAGCAACCGGAUUUUGUUCCUCUAAGUUUGUAUCGGAGUCUGGAAGCUUUUGAGUGGAUUGGGUUUAAAGGAAGAGAAAAAACAGAGAAAAAAGCGGCAUUCCACAUCUUACGGAAUGCAUGCAACCUAAAGACGAUGGCAAUUACAACAUCCAACACGUUUCAAGAGAACACUAACAUACUGAUUGACUUUGAUCGCAUGUGCACGAAUUGUCGCAUUUCAAUUAAACCUUGA